AUCUUGGAGCAAAAACCAGAGACAUUGCCAGAGCAAACAAGAACAGGAGUACAAAUGGAGAACUGGUCAAAAGAUACAACCCACAGUUAUCUUGAACACGACACUAUAGGGAGAAAUAAACAUACCCAGCCAGAUGAGCAACUGACUAUGAAUUCUGAGGAAAGUAUACAUCAGAAAUCCAAUGAAUUACUCCAUGAAGACACAUAUGAGGGCACAGAACUGCCCGGGCAGAGAUCAGGGAAUUUUCACGUCAUUAGUCCUUAUCCAGAUGAUGAGACAGCUUACUGCACUACUGAAAAUUCCAACAUCAUAGAACCUGGAAGUAAUGAUUUGCAUUAUGAAUAUAUGAUGUCUUGUCAAGUUACUUCAGAUUUAAGUAAAGAGAAGACAAUAGCAUUUUUGCUAAAAGAAUUGGAUAUUCUCAGAACAAGCAAUAAAAAGCUUCAAGAAAAACUGACUAACAAAGACAAAGAACAGAGAAAACUAAAGUUUAAGCUGGACCUCCAAGAAAAAACUACAGAAGCUAAAAUUGCUGAAAAGACAGCAGCUCUUGUUGAAGAAGUGUAUUUUGCACAGAGGGAACGUGAUGAAGCUAUUAUGUCUAGACUGCAGUUAGCCAUCAAGGAGAGAGAUGAAGCAAUUGCACAAGCCAAGCAUAUGGAAAUGUCUUUAAAAGUGCUAGAAAAUAUUAACCCUGAAGAAAAUGACAUGACAUUACAGGAAUUACUGAACAGAAUAAACAAUGCAGACACGGGGAUAGCUAUUCAGAAGAAUGGAGCUAUAAUUGUGGAUAGAAUCUACAAGACCAAGGAAUGUAAAAAGAGAAUAACUGCAGAAGAAAUGAGUGCAGUGAUCCAAGAACGGGAUGCUGCUUUGUCUCAGUGCAAACGGCUAGAGCAGGAGCUUCAUCAUCUGAAAGAGCAGAACCAGACUUCAGCAAACAACAUGAGACAUCUGACUGCUGAAAACAAUCGAGAACGUGCUCUGAAGGCAAAGUUGUUAUCUAUGCAACAAGCCAGAGAAACUGCAGUUGAACAGUACAAAAAACUGGAAGAAGAAAUUCAGACACUUCGAGUUUAUUACAGUUUACACAAUUCUUUAUCUCAAGAAGAAAAUCUGAAGGAGCAGUUUAACCAUACCCUUACUACCUAUGAAGAAGCUUUAAAAAACAGAGAGGUCAUUGUUUCCAUCACUCAGCAACAGAAUGAGGAACUGGCUGCCCAACUGCACCAAGCUCUGACAGAGAAAGCAAACAUGGAACUACAGCUCCAGGAAGCCGUAAAGGCCUCCCAGGUGGCUAGUGAAAAAGUUCAGAAGUUAGAAAGGCUGGUCGAAGUCCUGAGGAAGAAGGUUGGAACAGGGACCAUGAGGACAGUGAUCUGACUGAAAAACGACAGUCUGGGGAAGAGCUCACAUCUGGUGACCAGGCUGCUUCAUUCAACACUGUGUAAACACUGAAGCCUUAACUUAGCAAACAGUUGUUAGAAGUGGGACACUCCAACCACAUUCCAAGCUUCGAUAAAAUCAAAUCACAAAUGUUUAACCACUUUGCUGCUGACUUGAGUUAUUUAUCCAAAUAUAUUAACUACAGAUUUUACCAAUGGGUAGCUAUAAGGUUGCAGCUUAUUUUGUAACUAUUUUAUUUCUCAGUGUCUUUAAUAUAAAUCUUUUUACUGAGAGGUCAUAAUAGGAGCAUGAUAGAGUUGGUUAGGAUCAUAUCCUCACAUAUGGCCCUUUUCGAAUCAAAGUGCAGAAAAGUAAAUAUUGUCUAAGCCUUAAUCCACUAUGUUAGGUCAAAACUUCAAAUACUUGCGUUUUUCAAUAUAAAGUAUUAUUUCUUAACUGAUAAGAACAGCUAAGACGUAAGAAUGUGUGGUUUCCCUUCAAUAUAUGUAUGUAAUCCUUCCUAGUAUUAAAGAAUAUUUAAUAUAGAUGUCAUGAAUUAACUGUAUAAUUUGCUUUAGUAAGAGUUUGGUACCUUAAUUUUACAUUCAUUAAGACAUUUUUGUUUCAUUACAACUAACAUAAACUUUUCAAUAAAAAGAUGAGAUUUUUGAUG